AUGCCCUCUGAAGUUGCGUUUGAGGAUGAGACAGACCGUACAGCUGCCGAUUACCACGUUAUUCCGGUAGGAACGUCACCUGCGUUUUUUAGAGAAGCGUCUGAAAGCCAGUCGUCAGCCUCCAUGGCAGCUUUGCCAUCAUCAUCAUCAUCAGCAGUUCUCCCUGUUUCACGCCCUGUUUUCUCUACACCUGACCUAGGCGCGAUAAAGUCCGAGCCUGAACCUGGAUUGUUCUCUGCUGCAUUCAAUAAUCUACUCUCGUCGGAUGCUUUAGGGGAUCAUCAGAAAUUGAACAAUUUCAACGAGGCGUUGCUUCUGCGGCACUUUCGGAACACACUAGGUUCUUGGAUGGAUGUAUGCGACCAUGAGAAGCACUUCUCUACAGAUGUUGUCGAACGAGCCCCGUCAUGUCCAUUACUUUUGUACGCGUGUCUAGCUAUAGCUGCUCGUCAUCUCUCCCACACAACCAACACAGUGCCAUCCAGCACGGCUGACGGAUAUCAUGAGCGUUGUAUUGCGAUUCUUCUUCCAGUCCUAGAAAACAGUGAAUUCAAAAUAGGCAUCGAAAUCCUCCUCGCUUCUACUGUCAUACUACGCUUCUUCGAGCAAAUAUCCUCGCAAUCUCCAUCUAAUGACCUUCAGCGCCACCUUCUGGCGGGCUCAGUUUAUAUCAGCUCACAUGUAGACUGCGCAAUUUCAGGUGGACUGGCCGAGGCUUCAUUUUGGGUUUUCGUGACGCAGGACAUCCAGUUUGCUCUGACAUAUAGAAAUCCUCUUCGUUUACCCAUAAAUCCAUUUGAAGAAAGGCUUCAUCAAAGAUGGAAGCAAAAUACAGCUCAAAGUGACCGCGACUGGACGCAUAGAGCAAUCUGGCUGUUGGCUGAGACAAUCAACCACUGCUAUGGAGCCAACCAUCCACUCCAUAUGGGCACGAGUGACGGGGGUACCCUGAAAAGGAAGAUUAGCACAUGGGAGAUGGAAAAGCCUGAAGGAUUCCACCCCUUGCAUUUUUCGCCGGCCAAUCCAAGUGUUGGGAGGCCAUUCCCUCUCAUCUGGUUUACGAGUUCUGCACACGGUGGUUCAUGGAUCCGCGACCCGUUAGCCCAGAAUAGUGUGCUAGAUCUGCUUCGCAGGACUGAGGCCGAAAAUGGAUGGCCCUGGGCAUUCGCUGUGCAGAAGCUCAGUCAAGACUGGCGUCUAACAACACGAUGA